GUAAGGGCGUGUGCUCCCAGCUUUAUCGACCACAUCUGUGUGUCCGUAUGGCAACGGAACUUCACACAACCGGUGGGGCUGCUUUGAAAAUGGGAGGCAUUCUGACCGAAAGAUGGAGGAAUACAUGUCUUCUGCUUGUUGGAGCCGGGGCAUUGAUACUGUACAUUCUCUUCCACCCAAAGAAUUUUACUGAUACUGCACUGAACCCACUUCCAAUAAGUGUAGAUCAUGAUGAAAUGGUGGCUGAAGAUAGAGAAAGUGGUGUUGAGGCCGACUGGAUCAAGAGGACAAGAAUUCUUGAGAGACAUUUGCCUCCCCCCUCGUGCUCCUGUCGUGGCAGGCAGGCUGACACCAUAAGCAGCGUUGAAGCAGAUAAGCAGACGUCCACUAUGAAGAGACGAGCAGAAGAGCAUGCAAAACAGCAGCUCAGGGACUCGACUGGUUUUGCUGGAGUCCUCAUCAGUCCCCCCAACUCCCCCCUGCAGUACCCCUCCCAUGGAGUCACGGUGGAGCCCCUGAAGACAACUCUCCUGCCAGGGUUGGCUGUACAUGCCCAAGGAAGAACGGCUUUCAAGGUGUCCCUGAAUGCUUCCCACGGUGUCAUGGCCGUGCAGGGGGUUCCACAAGACGUGAGAGGCCAGAAUCAGAGCGUUCUGGACAUCAGUGCCACGAGCCUGGCACACCUUAAUGAGCUGCUGGCACAGGUGACCUACUGCAGCACGGCCUACCACUUACACAUGGAGGACUGGGUCCACUUCUCUUUUGAGGACCACGAGGUCAUCUUUCCGGUCACAGUCAAGAGGUCUUCAGUUCCUGUUCUGUACGAGGCAGAUGAAGACAUUAAUUCUCAGGUUACCAUUGUUACCAAGACAUUCUUGAGAUAUCAAGAGCUGGGGUUAUUGAUCGACAGCAUCAGGGUAAAAUACCCGGACAUCCAAAUCAUCAUCGCAGAUGACAGCAUAGAACCAGAGAAAGUGGAGGGUCACAACAUUUACCAGUACAUCAUGCCUCCUCUACAGGGUUGGUUUGCCGGUCGGAACCUGGCUGGCUGUGUGUGUGUGUGUGUGUCUGUGUGUGUGCGUGCGUGCGUGCGUGCGUGCGUGCGUGUGUGUGCGUGCACGUGCGUGCGUACGUGUUUCUUUCCAUGGACACAGCUGGGGGGCACUGCCGGGUCAGUUCGUUUCUACUUCACCCUGGACCACCAGGAGGGUGCGGACGGGGAGGGUGGCUGUCUGUCGCGGCAGAAGAACCAGCACCACAGCCCGCUCCCCGGCUUCAAGGACUGUGUGCUGGCAGACGUUGUGGUCAACUUUUUCCUGGCCAGGACCGAUGCUGUGCGCAGGGUGGGAUUCGACCCAAAACUGCAGCGGGCAGCCCACCCUGAGUUCUUCACGGAUGGCCUUGGUCACCUGCUGGUGGCAUCCUGUGGACAUCCAGAGCUGGUGGUCGGCCAUCCGAAUCGCGAGCGCACCGCCGAGUACAUCAAGUUCCGCAAUCAGAACAACGACGACACCAGUGCCAGACUACGCCUGUAUUACUUUAAGAAUCACCUGAAGUGUGUUGGGUAUUGAGCAGACAGACGAUGCAUGUAUUACUAUAAAAAGAUGCACUGUGUAAUAUUUUUAGUAUUCAAUGUCCAGAAAUCAUGCUGCCCUUUCACAAAUAUUACCUUUUUAACAAAUCCUAAGCACUACCAUCGAAUUCUAAGUACAUCAUUAUGACUGGGAAAAUUGCACUUUUCAGACAUGAAAAGGGGGAUCUUCUCCUUUGUCCGCCAUUUUACAUUUGUUUUGUUUGUUUUUUGUCUAAUCUGUAUCCUGGUGUCCCAUAUGGAAAAUAUGUUGUAAAAUUGUACACAAGUUUUUUUUUAAUUCAUUUUUCAGAUUCUAAAAUAUUUUUAUAUGACAGUGAAAAUAGAUAUACCUUCUUUUUGUGGAAUUUACUCCGGAAAGUGACCCCUUUUGGUGUUUUCUCAUACAGAAUUAUUAGGUGAAACUAGUAUGAAUAAACUACAAAUUGUACACGGCAUUAACAGAUCAUGUGUAUGAAUGAUACAAUUACUUUCUUUGUAUGCGCCAUAUAGACUAAUGUUUUGUUCAUAGGCCUAUAGUAAUUCUGUAUGAGAAAACACCAAAAGGGGACACUUUCAUUAGUAAAUCAUACCUGGCAUAUACAUAGGCUAUAUUUUCUAUAAAUAAUUUAUAUAAGUUCUUAACUGUUUUUUUCCGCAUGGGGUGUGUUUCUCACACAACCAGCUACAGUAAUCUUGCAUUAAACUAUAUGGACACUUUCCAUUGCUGCUUCCAACGCUGCUCCAGGAUGAGCUGUGGUUGAUCCAGUUUGCAUGCAGCACCAACCACCACUCUGUCUCCUGGCUGCACCAACCACCAGUGUUGCCAGAUUUGUCUGAUCAAAACCCGCCCAACAGGUUCUCAAAAACCGCCAAAAUGUGCUAAAUUCCGCCCAAUUUCAACAAAUUGCAUUGGUUUCUAUGGGCACAAAACGACUUUUUAAAAAAACGCCAAAUGACCAAUUUUUUCAGUUUUUACCGCGGGACGGCCAUCUCCAGUAGCCCAAUUGGGCGGGCAACUGCCCAAUCUGGCAACUCUGCCACCACACCCUGUGCUAUCUCUUGGCUGCUGCACCAACCACCACACCCUGUGCCUUCUCCGUCGGCCAUUCAGGUGAAUGGUGCGAAUCGAACAGCAUUCCAUUCAGUGACCUUUAGGCAAAUGCAGGCGUGUCCAUAAUCUUCCACUGCUGCUUACAACAUGGUGUGGACAUUUAGUCAAAUAUAAAACUGCAAUACCCCCUCAUUUGGCAAUCACGUGUAAAUUAAGGCAGCCUACAUGUAAUAUAACAAUGUACAUAGAAGUAGGCUAUUUAUUCUUUAAAAAGCAUCCCAUAUCUAAAAGCUUAUUUUCCCAAUGAAAAGCACAGAAAACUGCUGUAAAUGGCAUAGACACUUUGGUUACCACCAGACCUAAUCACAACUGAGAUUAGUAUUUCAGAUUGGAACGAUUGUGUAGAACUAAAGGCAGUAGGGAGUUCCCAGGCUAUAGAUAACAUCUUGUUUGGAUUUUUGGCGGAUUACGCUUUGCUUGCGCAUAUCGCCACGGCAUAGAUAACAUAUUGUAGCUCACAUGCAUGGUGUGUAUUUAUAGAUGGCAUUGUUAUGUUUUCAUUGUUUAGACAUUCUGCUAGGCUACAUUUCGAGUUGAGCGCAGCAUGUGUAAUGAUUGACGGAUCUCGAUUGGCUUGAUACUACUCGCACUGCCACUUCCCAGUCUGUGACCGUCCAACCUCAUUUUCAUCCUCUUCUCAUAUGAAGUGUUGUACAACCAUAACUGGCUCAGGUGAAAUAUUUUGAAUAUGAUAAGCCAUUGUUGAUCAUUUACUACUGUAAAACGUUGAAACACUACGUUGUUUGAUUUCAGAAUGACUGGGAGGGGGUUUGGGGUUGGUGUAGGCCCCUAGUCAUAAAUGUAAUGCAGGAAUAAAUGAAGAGUUUAUUUGCAAAACGGUGUAUCUACAUUUUGUAAAAUGAUGGGAAAUUGACAUUUUUUUAUUGGGCAUUCCAUUGCAUUGCAUCACAAAAUGCACUUCACACAUAGGGCCUAGGUGAUAGGACCUCUGAACAGUCAUUUUCAAUAAUAAAAUGCAAAGUCAAAAAUUGUAUAUACACAGUUUUACACACAUAAACUCUUCAAAUGCAUGUAAAGCUGAUGAUGUUAAAGCUAAUGAGCGCAUUCAGUACUGUAGUCAAAAGUUGUUUUAAAUGUAUUUUAGUGCAAUGUAAAUGUAAAAGAGAAAGAAAAUAAAUAACGGAAUAUGUGAA